UUUUUUUUGAGUCUCAUACAAAUAGAGUAGCAAGUUGAUCGGAGAUUCGGAGACAAGGAACAGAAGCAUUGGCCAUGGCGUCAGCUAUGCUAAAGCGGACGACGAUGUUGAAUUCCAUGGCAAACCGAUUGAGGUCAUACGCUUCGGUGGCAGUGGGUACGGACCUGGUCUCCGCCGCACCCAAUAUCUCUCUCCAGAAAGCUCGCACCUGGGACGAAGGCGUCUCCUCCAAGUUCUCCACUACCCCCCUCAAAGACAUCUUCAGGGGCAAAAACGUUGUUAUCUUCGGACUCCCGGGUGCUUACACCGGAGUUUGUUCAGCCCAACAUGUGCCCAGCUACAAGAAUAACAUUGACAAGCUUAAGGCCAAGGGAGUUGACUCAGUGAUCUGUGUAUCUAUCAAUGAUCCAUAUGUAAUGAAUGGGUGGGCGGAGAAGCUUCAAGCAAAAGAUGCUGGUCUGGGGAGGGUGGCUUCUGUGGAGGAUAAGUUGAGGGAAGUCAGGAAGGAGAGGCCCGGUCCCAAGGGACCGAGAGAGAAACGAGUCAAGGAGAGGGGGAGGAGGUGGAGAGCCAAGAGCUCAUAUCAGUGCACCAGAGGAUGCGCAAAAGUGCGUCCUAGAGGCUGGGACCCAGAACUGAGGAAUCUGGAGAAAAUUCUGGGGCCCAGCAAUGAAGAUGCCAGAGACAUCCUCAAAUUGAGGAAAGAAAUGGAGGAACUAAAGAGGCAGAUUGACAAAGAUGGGUCUUUUGGACCCACAGUGGAGAUAAUUUCUCCCUUUACUGCCAGGGUGAUGAAAGCUCAGCUGCCCAGGGAACUGAGGAAUCUGGAGAAAAUUCUGGGGCCCAGCAAUGAAGAUGCCAGAGACAUCCUCAAAUUGAGGAAAGAAAUGGAGGAACUAAAGAGGCAGAUUGACAAAGAUGGGUCUUUUGGACCCACAGUGGAGAUAAUUUCUCCCUUUACUGCCAGGGUGAUGAAAGCUCAGCUGCCCAGGGGUGUGAAAGCCCCUGAAAUCUGUUACAAAGGAGUCAUUGAUCCCAAUGAUCAUUUGGCCGCAUACCAAACUCACAUGUUGAUGCGCGCCGUGGAGGACGAGAUCCAAUGUCGCCUCUUCGUAGGAACUUUGGAGGGGCCGGCCGUAAAAUGGUUCCUCACCCUUUCUAAUGGGACCAUUGAUUGUUUCAAAGAUCUUGCUCAACUCUUUCUCAAUGCCUACGAAGGAAGGUUCCAGCCAAAGAAGCACUUCACUCAUCUUUUCUCCCUAAAACAAAAGGAGGGUGAAACCAACACUGAGUUGGUACAAAGGUGGAAUGAAGCUAUCAAUGAGGUGGAGCCCAUGGACGAUAAGACUUCCAUCGCUCUAUUCAUGAGUGUUCUCAGAUCGGGGGAAUUGUUCAGAAGGUUAGAUUACGAUACCCCUAAUUCUUACAAGUCUAUGAUGGCUAGGGUCAACAAGUUUUGUGCCACGGAAGAGUCAGAUCGCCUAAAGGGAAAAAAUGAGGGAGCCUUGCACAAAGGUUCAGACAAAGAAAAGAAAGGCGAAAGAGCUAAGGCGACCACUCUCUCAAUCCCUACCCUUAAGCCGCUGGCUGUACCGGUGGCAGAAAUUAAGAGCAAGGAGGGGGGUGGACAGAAGAGGAAACGUGGAGACAAAAAAAGAAGGAAGGAGAGGCCCGGUCCCAAGGGACCGAGAGAGAAACGAGUCAAGGAGAGGGGGAGGAGGUGGAGAGCCAAGAGCUCAUAUCAGUGCACCAGAGGAUGCGCAAAAGUGCGUCCCAGAGGCUGGGACCCAGAACUGAGGAAUCUGGAGAAAAUUCUGGGGCCCAGCAAUGAAGAUGCCAGAGACAUCCUCAAAUUGAGGAAAGAAAUGGAGGAACUAAAGAGGCAGAUUGACAAAGAUGGGUCUUUUGGACCCACAGUGGAGAUAAUUUCUCCCUUUACUGCCAGGGUGAUGAAAGCUCAGCUGCCCAGGGAACUGAGGAAUCUGGAGAAAAUUCUGGGGCCCAGCAAUGAAGAUGCCAGAGACAUCCUCAAAUUGAGGAAAGAAAUGGAGGAACUAAAGAGGCAGAUUGACAAAGAUGGGUCUUUUGGACCCACAGUGGAGAUAAUUUCUCCCUUUACUGCCAGGGUGAUGAAAGCUCAGCUGCCCAGGGGAACUUUGGAGGGGCCGGCCGUAAAAUGGUUCCUCACCCUUCCUAAUGGGACCAUUGAUUGUUUCAAAGAUCUUGCUCAACUCUUUCUCAAUGCCUAUGGAGGAAGGUUCAAGCCAAAGAAGCACUUCACUCAUCUUUUCUCCCUAAAACAAAAGGAGGGAGAAACCAACACUGAGUUGGUACAAAGGUGGAAUGAAGCUAUCAAUGAGGUGGAGCCCAUGGACGAUAAGACUUCCAUCGCUCUAUUCAUGAGUGUUCUCAGAUCGGGGGAAUUGUUCAGAAGGUUAGAUUACGAUACCCCUACUUCUUACAAGUCUAUGAUGGCUAGGGUCAACAAGUUUUGUGCCAUGGAAGAGUCAGAUCGCCUAAAGGGAAAAAAUGAGGGAGCCUUGCACAAAGGUUCAGACAAAGAAAAGAAAGGCGAAAGAGCUAAGGCGACCACUUUCUCAAUCCCUACCCUUAAGCCCCUGGCCGUACCGGUGGCAGAAAUUAAGAGCAAGGAGGGGGGUGGACAAAAGAGGAAACAUGGAGACAAAAAAAGAAGGCAGUGGCCCUAUGACCCAGAAAAAUAUUGCAACUUCCAUAGAAGGCCUGGGCACGCCACCGAAGAAUGCCAAUUCCUCAAAAAGAUGGAAGGAGAAAUGAAGGAAAGGGAACCGAAUGCUAAUCGGGAACCAAACCAAGGAGGUAAUGUUUGGCGUAGGGACGCCCAACCUCAACAACAAGUCCAGGAGAACCCGGAGGAAUUUCCCCAAGUAGGAGUCAUCUUUGGCGGUCCAGAAACGGGAGUCACAAGCAAAGAGAAGAGGGAUGAUCUUGACCCAAUCUCCAACUUCGAAUGCUCGGAAACUGGCCCUCUUCCUUCCCUUUUACUCUCUCCCAACAUGAAGAAGACAAUCUCUAAAGUUUUCAAGAUCUUCAACGGUGGUAAGAAAUCCAAGGAGGACGAGAGUGUUUCCUCCAUUACUCCCGCGCAACUGGGGGAGAUGAGGGGGACGAUUCCUCCUGAUUACGAAGUCCAAGAAGCCAUGGGGACUACCUUGGAGCGCAACCCCAACACCUCCCGCCGGUUGAUCGUCCACUACGACUCGAAGCAUCCAACCAACUUUGAAACUCUUCCUCUUGGAAAGGCUAUUGUCCCGUCCUCCAUCCGUCCCAAUGCCGUCCUUGGUCCAUCAACUCAGGAGACCGGGUCUUCUUCUUCUUCCCAGGCCCGUCACAAGAGGGGCCGAAACUCCACUCCUCUCCUUGGCUCGCUGGCGUCCGCCGGUCCUUCUAUGGGGACCGCCGAUCAACCUGUGGGGACCGCCGAUCACUUCUUAGGGACCGCUGGUGAUGGGUCUCUUACCGGGCAAGGGAGUCAGCCCUUUCCCUAUGCCCGGGAGGCCUAUCAGUACGCAGGGUACACGGCCUGGGUUGGACGGGACUUCAAUAACAAACUUCAAGAGAUACAACAGUUUAAGAAGGACCACCGAGAUGUGAUUCAAAGCCCAGCCUGGCCGUUUAUGCAGGAGGAGUAUACUCGUAUGGCCGAUUAUGUCGCCACUUCCUCCGCUCAACGCCAUUCCCUUCGCCUCUUGGAUCGCAAUGCCGCUUUAUCACGGGAACUGAGGGAUUUCAAAUCCUGGCAUUCUAUUUGUGUUGAGCGUCCGGAAUAUGAUCGGGUUUUGUCCGAGAACGAUCAGCUCUACUCUGACCGUGAGCGGCUCGCGGCCAAGGUCGGACAGCGUGACCUAAAUCGCGUCCACGAUCUCAAGGAGAUGGAAUUUCUGAGGAGGGACUUGGAACGGCAGGUCAGAGAGCGUGACUUGCAACUUCGAGAGGAGGCCAAACUCCAUUGAAAGAGAUUGAGUUCUAUGGCGAUUUUGAAGGGAAUUUCCACAAGAGCUUGGACUUAACCAUCGACCUAUCUGGUGCUUUGCUUGGAACACGCUCCCACAGGUGGUCAGCAUACGUCGUUGAUGGACAUGUCAAGGUUCUCAACAUUGAAAAAGUUCCAUCUGAGUUCAAAGUUUCUGGUGGGGAUGUCAUCUUGUAGUCAGCUUUGUUGAGGCAGAAGUUGGUUGUUAUGAUCUCCUAAAAGGGUUACGAAUAAUCGCUGCAACAAAACAUUAGAGUACCAUUUAGGAUUAUUUCCAUGUCCUCAAAUUCCCAAAGCUUUGUUUGUAUUGCUGUUGACGGAUGAACUCCGGAGCAAGAUCUGCUCCGGAUUUUUAAAGCAUUUUAGGUUGAAAGCUUGCCUGUUAUUAUGGCUAGUGAAUAUUUCUUUCUGCUGCAGUUAAUCAGUUUACCUGAUGCUAGUUACUUCAAGGCAUGCUGGGAACCAG